CGGCUCAGGCCGGCGGCGCUGCCGUAAAGCGGCGCUGCCGUAAAGCGGCACAGCAGUAAAUCGGCGCUGUCGUAAAAAGGUUCCGGGAGGAGCGGGUAACAAAACCCAAACAAACCAAAAAAUCACACAACGACAGAGUUCACUGAAAUGUGAGAAUGGCCAAUUCUUUAAGAGGUGAAGUGAUAAAACUGUACAAAAAUUUGCUGUACCUUGGAAGGGAGUAUCCCAAAGGAGCAGACUACUUCAGAAGCCGUUUGAAAGCUGCUUUUCUAAAAAACAAAGAUGAGAAAGACCCUGAAAAAAUUAAGCAACUGAUUGCCCGGGGAGAAUUUGUUAUAAAGGAGCUGGAGGCUUUGUACUUCCUGAGGAAAUACCGAGCCAUGAAGCAGCGCUACUACAGCGAGGACAAACCCUGACCGUGCCUGGAACCACACCCCCCAGGAAAGGCAUUGCUAGUUCAAGAACCAACAGUCAAAGAAUACUGGCACUUUAAGAGGAAUGAAGUUUCCACUGUCAUUUAAAACAAGCAUUCAGGUAAAGCUAACAGGAUCAUGAAGCAGAAAAUAAAGUAAUGCUAAAACAAAUGCUAAUAAUUUAGUGUAAUGUACAAAAUUACUUCAGUACUUCUUAAGAAUAGGGAUAAAUUGUAUUUACAUAAUUAUA